CGUAUUAUGAGCUCCUGUUGUAGUGGAGAGCGAGUUCCUCUUUGAGAAUACAACAACGAACUACAACUAUUUUUUCUUGGGAUGGACGACUCCACCUCCUCAACGUUAUGCUACGGGUUUUUGCAGCCCGUCGAGAAAGAACGAAGAUGUUGCUGGAGGUACUACAAGGACAUCAAGAACAUUUUGAGAUCAUCAGUCGUAGAAGAAACGCGGCACCAAAGUGGUAGAUGUUGAACCAGUCGUAGAAGUAGAAAAGAGACAGCUAGAAGCCGCUCUAGUACAACAAGUCAGAGAAGUAGAGGACAUAGUGGUCCUUUUGAUUUACAGCAAGACGAGACAAGAAAAACUUGUGAAGAAAGAAGUAAGCGUCUGUUCAUUGUUCCUUGGCAGGUGGUCAUCAAUCAUCAUCAUCAAGGGGAAAUAUCGGGCCACACAUCAGAACCACAAGCAACUACACGAAAGCGGAAGAACAAGCAACGCCUCAACCCAGACGGGACAACAAGACAUAAGAAGAUGCCAUCCUCACCUACAUCGAGAGGAAGAGGUGUAGGAGGAAAAGCUGACCCUUAAGGCAAGGACAGAGAGCUGCCUCCUCAGCAUGCUCACCCUGGGCCUUUUUUUCAAGGGGAAAAAGACGUGCCCAAGGAAGAUAGUCUCAUGAGGAAGACGCGACGCGGUAGCUCUAAGACCCUCUUCUGCUCUCAACGUCUGGCGCAGAAACCUCAAAGGCUGGAGAUUCCACCUCCUCUGGCGCGAAUAAAGUAAAUCCUCACCUAGACGCGGGAGUAGCAGUCGAAGCGGUGGAAGCUGAGCAUAGGGAUAAGUGUGGAAGCGGCGCUGGGAUCGCAGCAGUAGCGGGUCCAGGAGGUGCUCGCGACCUUGAAGAUGUUGUUAUUGCGUCAACAGGGGACUCGUCGACAACAAGUGUGUAUGAUGCCACUCAUUGGGAAUCCAAGUUAUAGGGGAAUGUCGUUCCCAAGUAGAAUAUGAAGUGCUCAAUAUUAAAGAAGGGGAACGCCAUUCCCAUAUCGACACUCUCAAUGAGUGGAAGCAUUCAAAGUGGAGUACAGCAAAAACCAUAUCCAAGAUGGUUCCAAUUUGUGAGACGACAUAUGUUCAAAGGCUGGCUCACGACGACUAUCAUCCUCUUCUUAAGGCUAGUCAUGGGAAUCGGUCACUAUCUUCUCACGUGGAGUGGAUUAAUAUGCUGAGUGGCUUGUUCCCCUUGGAAGUCAUAGUCGAGGGGAGCCACCAGGAAUAGUGACUGACUAGUACUACACCUUUUAAUCUCCGUCAUCUUCGUCCUUGUCGAUUUUCUGGUUAAAGGGAACACUCGUGAGUUUUACGAAGACCUAAAAUAUGCGUCGAUUCCAGUGGUAUCGAUUCUAUUCACCUGGUGGCACGUUUGGCUGGGUCUACAGAUGUGCUUUUACCCAGUACAUUUCAAGUUAUGGCUGUCGUUCUGCUGGAAGUUUGGUCAUACUUUAGACUUUAAAAUUCAGGGGGUAGUGGAGUAGAGUCCCUCCAUCCAGUCAUUUUCAUCCUAUAUAGGGGAGUAUAGUCGUGUAGUAUUAACAAAAACUAGCAGAGCGGGGGCUACAAACUGUGGUCCUAGAAAAACGACCACACGAAGAUCUUCGCAUCAUGUAAGCUUCAAAAUAGCUGCAGAUGAAGCAUGGCUAUUAUACUGGAGUAGUUUAGUCUUAAAUAUGCUCCUGUCUCCUCAAUUGCGUCCUCAAAACGAUACAAGAAAACAGUUAAUACCUAGCUCAGUUUCCUAGCCUCUAAAUGACGGCUGCUUCGAACCAUACCUAGGUUGGCAAGGAAUAGUACCAAGAAGAGCCGAAGUGAUGGCGCAGAGGAGCUGCGACAUCAUGAUUGGGAACCUUAUCACCAUCGAAGAAAUCGUGGACCGACUAAAACCAGAUGACUUUUUCGAGAGUCUGCAUCCGGUUUUGCAGGAGUGUCAUGCGAAAAUCCUUCAGAAAAUAGGUGAAAAAUAUUGGCCCUCUAUUUGGCGUUUAGUGCCGGAAAGCGUGAAAGAGGAGAUAAACAAAAAGGCACUAGAGGAAAGCGAGGCAUUGUAUUUUAUUUUACCGCCUAUUGUUAUAGGCUAUAACCCUUCUGGCACCACGUACAACUAUGUAGUCUCGUCACGUUUAAGAACUCGUUAUUUUUGCAUAUUUUUUUUUUGACUUUGAAUCUUUAUUGUCUUGCUACCACUAGAAGUAAGAUGUUCCAGUAUGAAGAUUAGGACUACUUACAACUUCUAGGGAUGAUCUUCAACAUGCUCAACUACCAGAUUCGAGCCCAUAAUGGUGGACCUGAAGAAGAAUAUUGCCAGCAUCUUCGAUGUCAAGGAAAUGUGCAUACACCAGUUGACGAGUCGUUAAGGCUAAGUGAAAACACAUCCUAUGCUACUGCUAGUAACCUCAAACAAGAACAAGAUUGCUUGUUUGUUGUAUUCUCAGAAUUUGAAUCCUACGAUCGAUGUCUAUGUCUUUCCUAGCUUGUUUAAUAAGCAGAAAGUAUAAGAUGAGGUAGCAUGAUCGACAAUUUUUACAGCUCUCUCACUCCCACUCUCUAAUCCCAACGUGAACUACUAGUGGAUCUAUUCCAGAAAAUUGGCGCUCGGGAGUUCCAGUUCAUCCUGCACGUCUCAGCCGUCAUGGGAUUCUGUCUCGGGACUAUCCAAUUGGGUCUUUGGAUUUAUGGGUUGAAAAAUCAUGUGCUACUUUUUUAAGGUAUCUGUUUAUUACCUCUAGCUCCUUCAUCAGCAGGUUCCUUGACGUUGGUAGCUGUGGUAGAUGACAAGGUGAAGUAAGUAGAACAUCAAACGGCAAUCAUGUGGCGAAAGUCACAUGCAGGGAGAUGGAGAAGGAUCGGGAUGGUCGCUGCAACUGAUUGGUAGAGUUUGAAAAAAUAAGUAGUCAAACAAGAUGAAUAUGGAACUACUACACUCGUCUGGCAGCAGCUCUAAUUCCAGGUGUUGCAGGAUAGCGAUUACAGCUUGUACAUCCUACCCUUGUCAGGGUUGAUUAUUGGGUACCUUACCAACUGGCUGGGAAUCUUCAUGAUCUUCAAGCCGACACAUCCUCUUAUGAGAGACUAAACUAGAGAUGCUGGUGGAUCCACGACUAAAAAAGGGGAUGCAAGUCAAAAGAGGACACGACUAGGACUACUAAGUAGGUACUACUAGGUACUACAACUAGUCCCACCUGCAGUUAUAAUACUUAUAAAUAUGUUCUAACUUCUCCUCUUACUACUAGAACUAGCACCUGCUCUAAGCCUGACAUUUUCUGUUGCGGCUACCUGAAUUUCCAAGGCGUAUUUUUGAAGAGGCAGAAGCAAGUAGCGACUGAGCUGAGCCGUAUGUUAAGGCGAUAGUCUAUCCUCAGGAUGUAAGGUCUACAAGCAAGAUGACGUGAUCAUCUUGAAGUGCGGUCACGUAUAAUACCCAACGUAAUAGACCUAACGAUCUUGUUGCAACCAGGCAGUCACUAGACACUUCGACCACCGUUUCUUUUUUUCUCUACGCAUUACCUCUGCUCGUUCUCAUCGUAUAAAUCUUCUCUAAAAUUGCACAGUAUCUAGAAACGCUCUAACUAGCAGUAGAACAUCCGUCCCGCUGCUCUUCUAAUUCCCCUCGCCUCGUCUCUAUUGCAGAGUAAGGAGAUGAUAGAAUACGUCAUCCACCACAACAAGAUGGAAGGCGGAUACGAGAGGCUGCUCAAUAUGCAUCGGGAGCACACUUACAAUUAUGAAAGACGCAUGCAGCAACACAUAUACUUCAUCAGAGCUUCCUACAAGUUUUUAAUCUUCUUAGGAGUUACCCUGUAGUACCCUAAUCGAUACUGUCUCCUACUCCUUCUAAAUCAAAGCAGUGGAUAGCGUAAUGGGUAAGAUGGUGAAGGACGCCUUAAUACCGAUGACGAUUGGUACGGACACGUACGAGCGAAUCAAGGAAGACGUGGUGCAGGAAAUGAUCAACGUACUUUCUAGAUGUGAUUGAAGUUUGAUGGUUCUAGAUGUGAUUGAAGUUUGAAGAUUCACCGACGGAGGUCACGUGGUGUUGCGCGACAUAAAUAGUCACUUUGCACUUUUCCUUUGUGCAGUUGUAUUCGGAGAACCUCUACCUACAACAUCACGAUCAGGAUAAGAAGUGUUUUCGUCUGUCAUGCUUAGGCUCCUUCUUGCACACAGCGAUUUGCUAUCCUCCCAUAUCAACAAUCCGCCCAUGUCAGACCAUCCCCCGUUACACUGGCCAAUUUACGGAGUAUGCCGAUCGGGUUUUUUCGCUAGAAGAAACCUUGAGAACGCGACUGGGCAACUUACCGCCUGACGAGUUUGAAGGCAUGCUUCAUCCCGUUUUUCAGGAAGAUGAGUGGAUGAUUCUUUUAUGAAUUGGAGUUCUGCUAUUAGUAGGAGCAGUUAGUGCCACAGAGACGAAUUCUAGAUCCAGGUAGAAGUGUAACGAGUGGAUGACCUAGGAUUACAACUAGGAUAAGGAUUCUUAGAUAGGUAUUUUCAAGAAUGAAUAGUUAGGGUGUUAGUACUCACUGCGACAGCCACAGCAGCACUACUUCAACCCCAUCGUACAAGGGUUGACCCAUUCCUUUAGAGAGAAUACGUAGAGGCAGGGACUGAGGGCGCAUUCACGACGUGGUCAUCUGAUUCUGGCUGCUCAUUCCUCUAUUCUCUAAGGACCCUUCUUGGCGGCGUUCUGGGUGUAUUGGUCGGAUUUUUCCAGGGGAUUGCUUUGGGAGCAUGAAGAGGCCCAAAAGAAGUCUCCACAAUAACACGAAGGUGUGGAGGAAAGAGUCUGUGUAAGUGUAUGAAAAUGAAUAUUACAAUAGGCCGUCUCCACUAACACGAAGGUGCUGUGGAGGAAAAAGUCUGUGUAACAAGUGUAUGAAAAUGAAUAUUUUUACAAUACUAGGUAGUUGUUAACGUUUUUAGUGAAGUAGUAGAAGACCUACGCGUAGAACAUGGUGUCAUGCAUUUUCAUGGUCACGAAAAGAUGCUAAGAACCUCACGAUGUAGUAGAUCCUACGACGACAAUGUUGUUGAUUCUCUUAAUAUCUCGAUGAACAAUACUGCUCAAACUCAAUCUCAAUUUAUUACUAGUGGACGACGAAUCGUGAUUCCCCGAUCAAUAGCACUUUUUUCCUGUUGAACACGAUAUAAUGCUGUUAGGACCAUAAUUAUGAUUUGAUGAAUACUUUUACUUUUUACUACUACCUACGUCAAGCAAAUAAAACAUGAUCAUCCAACAUCUGGAUAUGGCUAUGGGAGUGAAAAAAUUUGUGGGUGAAACAUAAACAAACGUGUACAUCGUGAACUUUGGCGCAAAUUAUAAGUGGUUGUCUUGUCCGCGAAGGAGAUGAAGAUAAAAACUCCCCUGGUGCUCGGACGAGGAAGACGAACUAGUGGAACUGGGUUCAAGCGGAC